CUGGGAUCCCUGCAGCCACUGAACCCCAGCAAGAAGGCCGGGUUCGGCAAACUGUUGGUGCGGGGUCUGCUCGCGGCAGGGGCGACGACCAGAGGGGAGGGUGCGGUGGGCACCGCCACGGACAUGGAUCUCAUCUGGCGGGUGGGGGAGUCCGUGUCCCCCUGGGGUAUGGAG